GGCGCGGCGAAUCGAGCGUCGAGCGAGCCGGUGCGCGGCGCAGAGUGCCGGGCGGCCUCGCCCCCAACGGUCGGCGCCCACGCCUCCCGCCCGCAGGAGGACGCGAGGGGUGGCCGGGCGCGGGGAGCGGCUCUGCGGGGACCUGAAGAGACGCGAGGCAUCCUCCCGGGCCUGCUUUUCUACAGGAUGCUGGGGUUUUUGCAGCGCCCUGUGGUGGUGACAGCUGACAUCAACUUGAACGUCGUGGCUCUGACCGUGGUGGGGCUGCUGAGCCGACUAUGGCAGCUUGCCUAUCCGAGGGCCGUGGUUUUUGAUGAAGUAUAUUAUGGGCAGUACAUCUCUUUUUACAUGAAGCGGAUCUUCUUUUUGGAUGGCAGUGGACCGCCGUUUGGCCACAUGCUGCUGGCCUUGGGAGGUUAUUUAGGAGGAUUCGAUGGUAACUUUUUGUGGAACAGAAUUGGAGCAGAAUACAGCAGCAAUGUGCCCGUGUGGUCCCUGCGCCUGCUGCCCGCCCUGGCAGGGGCCCUGUCGGUGCCCAUGGCCUACCAGAUCGUGUGGGAGCUUGGCUUCUCUAACUGUGCUGCCAUGGGGGCCGCUCUGCUGAUACUGAUCGAGAAUGCUCUCAUCACUCAGUCAAGACUGAUGCUUUUGGAAUCCGUGUUGAUAUUUUUCAAUCUGUUGGCCGUGCUGUCUUACCUGAAGUUCUCCAACUCCCAGAAGCACAGGCCCUUCUCUCCCAGCUGGUGGUUUUGGCUGCUGCUGACAGGCGUGGCCUGCUCCUGUGCAGUUGGCAUCAAGUACGUGGGUGUGUUCACAUACUUGCUUGUGCUCGGGGUUGCAGCUGUCCACACCUGGCACCUGAUUGGAGACCACACACUGUCACACGUCCGUGUGCUCUGUCACCUGCUGGCCCGAGCCGUGGCCCUGGUGCUCAUCCCGGUCCUCGUGUACCUGCUGUUCUUCUAUGUCCACCUGCUGCUGCUCUACCGCUCCGGGCCCCAUGACCAGAUCAUGUCCAGUGCUUUCCAGGCCAGCUUGGAGGGCGGGCUAGCGCGUAUCACACAAGGCCAGCCCCUGGAGGUGGCCUACGGUUCCCAGGUCACCCUGAAGAACGUCUUUGGCCAACCUGUGCCCUGCUGGCUGCACUCCCACCAGAGCACCUACCCUAUGAUAUAUGAGAACGGCCGCGGCAGCUCCCACCAGCAGCAGGUGACCUGCUACCCCUUCAAAGAUGUCAAUAACUGGUGGAUUGUAAAGGACCCCGGGAGGCACCAGCUGGUGGUGAGCAGCUCCCCGAGGCCUGUGCGGCACGGCGACCUCGUGCAGCUGGUGCACGGCAUGACCACCCGCCUCCUCAACACGCAUGAUGUCGCGGCCCCCCUGAGCCCCCACUCGCAGGAGGUCUCCUGCUACAUCGACUACAACAUCUCCAUGCCAGCCCAGAACCUCUGGAGGCUGGACAUUGUGAACAGGGAGUCUGACACAGACAUCUGGAAGACCAUCCUGUCGGAGGUCCGCUUCAUGCAUGUGAACACCUCCGCUGUCCUCAAGCUGAGCGGGGCGCCCCUCCCGGACUGGGGCUUUCGGCAGCUGGAGGUGGUUGGGGAGAAGCUGUCCCGGGGCUACCACGAGAGCACCGUGUGGAACGUGGAGGAGCACCGCUAUGGCAAGAGCCAGGAGCAGAAGGACAGGGAGCUGGAGCUGCACUCCCCGACGCAGAUGGACAUCAGCAGGAACCUCAGCUUCAUGGCCAGAUUCUGGGAGCUGCAGUGGCGGAUGCUGACGGUGAAAAGUGAUGAUUCUGAGCAUAAGUACAGCUCCACGCCGCUGGACUGGGUCACGCUGGACACCAACAUCGCCUACUGGCUGCACCCCAGGACCAGUGCACAGAUCCACCUGCUGGGGAACAUUGUCAUCUGGGCCUCGGCCAGCCUCGCCACCGUGCUGUACGGCCUGCUCUUCAUCUGGUACCUGCUCAGACGCCGGAGGAGAGUCUGCGACCUCCCUGAGGAUUGCUGGCUGCGCUGGGUGCUGGCCGGGGCUCUGUGUGCCGGGGGCUGGGCCGUGAACUACAUCCCCUUCUUCCUGAUGGAAAAGACACUCUUCCUCUACCACUACCUGCCUGCGCUCACCUUCCAGACCCUCCUGCUCCCUGUGGUCUUGGAGCAUGUCAGCGACCACCUGUGCAGCAGGUCCCAGCUGCAGAGGAGCCUCUUCAGAGCGCUGGUUGUGGCAUGGUUCGCGUCCGCCUGCCACGUAUCCAACACGCUGCGCCCGCUCACCUACGGCGACAGGUCGCUCUCCCCCAGCGAACUCAAGGCCCUGCGCUGGAAAGACAGCUGGGACAUCCUGGUCCGGAAGUACUAGCACGACACGGACAUGGUGGCAGGCAGCGGGGCCGGGUCAGGACCAGGUAGAACCACCUUCAUGAGCAUGUUUACUUUGGACAAGCAGAGUGGCUCUGAGCUUGGGGGAGCCCUGGGCUCGGAGGGAUCCUGUUCUGGUUUCAUCGUGGAAACAGCCUUCUGAUGAGCACCUUGUUCUGAGCAAAGUCUGUCUUUCCUGGACCAUGAAGAACACGCCCCCCACGUCCACUGACGCCUCAGAGCCCCGUGUGCGAGCUGAGUAUGGAGCGGCUGGUGGGGGACUUGCCAUGGCCCCGAGCAGGGAUGGGCUGACAGGCCUGCCGACCCGCUGAGCCAGUGAGGCCUUGGGGAGUCACCCUCACGGUUCAGUGGCACAUGAGCUACUGGGACGCUGGCCAGGACGCCUCACCAUCGCUGACUCUUAACCCCCCGCCCAGAGAGCCUGAGAGGCGCGUGAGCAGGUAGCCUCUUCAGCAGUCGAGGUUUGUGUCAUCUGUGUGUUUCCUUGUCUGAAUUUGCCUUUUUUUAUGUAAUUAAAAAGGGACAAGUUGG